AUGGGAGAAGUAAAUGGUUGUGUAGAUAAUGAAAAAACAAUAAUUAGAAGACGACUUAGUAAUGCAAAUGCUGCAUUAAAAAUAAUAGCUGAUGAUAGUAAAGAUGAUGUAUUGAAAGAAGAGAUAACUUUACAUGUUAGAGAUUAUUUUGGUUUUGUAAGUACUUAUGGAGUAACUGUUUUUAAAUGGGAUAUUGUAAAACCAUCAGUAAUAUAUAUGAUUGAAUAUUUAUAUAAAGAAGUUUUUAAAAAGAAUCUUGCACAUCUUGGAAGUGAUGAAGAAAGAAUUUUACUAGAAAAAGAUGAAAAAAUAAUUGAAUUAAAAGAUUAUAUAAUAGAAAAAAUUAAUAGUUUUGAGGAGGCACCAUUUACAAUUCAAAGAUUAAGUGAAAUUAUUUUUAAUGCUGGAAUGUAUAAAUUUAUUUUACCAUUAUUAAAUGCUAUUACUAAAAUUGUUAGUGUUGUGACAACACAAACUCCUCUUGGUGUUAGAAUUACUGGUGUAAAUGAAGAGGAAAUAAUUGAUGAUGGUAUUGCACUUCCAACUCCUUGUUUAAAUUUAAAAGUUGAUGAGUUAGAUGAUGAUAUUAUAAUGACAAAACGUCCUGUUACAGGUGGAAUCGAAAGUUGUUUUAUUUCAUCAGAUGGGGAUGGUGUAGAAACUGAUAAUGAUAAUAAUUUAGAUACAAUAGAUAAAAAAUAA